AUGCAGGGCAGAACGACAGUGAUGAACGCCAAGUGGGAUAAGCCGAAGUCAAAGAUCACGGCUUCCCGCAAGCUCUCCCUUAAGAUGCUCCUCCUGACAAGAGCUUGUGAGGAUCUGGAGAAUGAAAGGCAGGAGCGUGAGCAGGAGAAAGUGCGCUACCUGGAGGAGAAACUACCUCCUCUGCAGCUUUCUGGGUUGUCGCUGGACGAGCUGCAGAACUUGUGCAAGCAGCUUCAUGCCAAGAUUGACGAAGUGGACGAGGAACGAUACGACUGUGAAUCCAAAGUCAACAAGCACAACAUUGACAUCCGCGAGCUGAAACUGAAGGUGCAAGACCUUGGAGGCAAGUUCAAAAAGCCUGCCUUGAGGAAGGUGAGGGUCUCUGCGGACGAGAUGAUGAGAGCCCUUCUGGGCUCCAAACACAAAGGCUCCAUGGACCUCCGCGCCAACCUCAAGUCAGUCAAGAAGGAGGACGUUAAACAAGACAAGGUUCUCACCACCGAGGUGGGCGACUGGCGUAAGAACGUCGAAGCCAUGUCUGGAAUGGAAGGCCGCAAAAAGAUGUUCGACACGGGUGGCGCCGCGCAGUAA